ACGACGUUGCCAUAAUACAAUUAUUAGGCUGUUAAUUAACGUGAUCGUUACGUUUGCUACAAACUAGCUAGUUGUGUCUUCUUUAUUUUAGUAGAUAAGUAUAAGAGUCUAAAAAUAUUACAACCCAAUAAUGGUUACAUUCAUGGUCGACUUAGAAGAUGAAAGUUGAUUUCUUAAAAAAAAAACACGCACAAUAAAUAAACCACCAAUUCACAAAUACAAGAAAUUUAAUAACCUCGAGCAGUUACCCUAUUUAAAUCCCCUCUAGCCUUGUUUUCCUUCUCACACCUAUGAAGCAAUGGAAGAAGAGAGAGACCACAAUGCAUCUGAGUCGUCUCUCCCAUCUUUGAGCAAGCAGUUGGAGAGCUCGACUCUUGGAGGAAGCGCGGUCGACGUUCCCGUCGUUGAUCUAAGCGUUUCUGAUGAAGACUUCUUGGUGCGUGAGGUGGUGAAAGCGAGUGAAGAGUGGGGAGUUUUUCAGGUGGUUAACCAUGGGAUUCCAACCGAGCUGAUGCGGCAGCUGCAAAUGGUUGGUACGCAGUUUUUCGAGCUCCCGGAUGCUGAAAAGGAAACCGUGGCGAAAGAGGAAGACUUCGAAGGAUACAAGAAGAAUUAUCUAGGAGGUAUAAACAAUUGGGACGAACAUCUCUUUCACAGACUCUCUCCACCCUCAAUUAUCAAUUAUAAAUAUUGGCCUAAGAAUCCUCCUCAAUAUAGGGAGGUGACGGAGGAGUAUACAAAGCAUAUGAAGAGGCUAACGGAGAAGAUUCUUGGUUGGUUAUCAGAGGGAUUAGGGUUACAGCGUGAGACGUUCACGCAAAGUAUAGGUGGUGACACGGCAGAGUAUGUGCUUAGGGUCAAUUUCUAUCCGCCAACUCAAGAUACGGAAUUAGUCAUAGGAGCCGCGGCGCACAGCGAUAUGGGUGCAAUCGCACUCCUCAUCCCAAAUGAGGUUCCUGGACUUCAAGCCUUCAAGGACGAACAAUGGUUGGACCUUGACUAUAUCGACUCCGCCGUGGUUGUUAUCAUUGGCGAUCAACUCAUGAGGAUGACCAACGGGAGGUUAAAGAACGUUCUUCACAGAGCGAAGUCUGAUAAGGACAAAUUGAGGAUUUCUUGGCCUGUUUUUGUUGCACCUAGGGCUGAUAUGUCCGUCGGACCUUUGCCGGAGUUUACCGGAGACGAGAAUCCUCCCAAAUUCGAGACUUUAAUAUAUAAUGACUAUAUUGACCAGAAGAUAAGAGGCUGGGCGCUCGAAGAUCUUCCUGUCUACUGAAAACCCUCAAUACCUACAAUAAAUGAUGAUGAAUUGUUCAAGGAGACAAUUCUUUAAUAGCUUCCUUUUGAGGGUUUCUAUAUGUGGUACAAUAAAACUAUUUCAAGAAUUUAAAAUAAUAUGUGGAAAAGCUAAGCGGUUAGACAAAAUAUUCAUCUGAUUGAUGCUAUACAUUCAAAUGUAAUCGCUCCUAUCCUAUGUACGUAGUGAUUAACCUCAAAAAUAAUCAGCUUAAGUUGCUGUAUUCGUUUACGUUAUCAUGUAAAGCAACGCCAACCUUAUGAAGUCAAAAAGAGCUCUUCGUCUGUGCCAAAGUAUACGUUGACGUGAUUUGGGUCGUCAAAAAUUUAUCUACAAAAUUAUCAAGUGUUUAUUUUUAUAUGUUAAACUACAAUUUUAUUCGAGAAUUUCUAUUUCGGUUUAUCUGAAAUGUUAGAUAUUUAGAUUAUUUGAAAUAUUGAAAAGAAAAAACGCUAGUAAUUAAAGGUGUG